AAGAAACGAGCAUUUCGGUCUUUAUUCAUCAAUCUCAUUCGUAAACUUUGCCAUUUGGUUUUGUGUUUAUUUUUAUCAGGCGUUCUUUUUUGUCGGACUGCUUUGCAUGGUUUGGAACGUUAACGUUUACAUCUCCCCGAAGAAAAGCAAAAAAUAAUACUUUUCGCAGACUAUUUGCCAAUUUAAAUAUGUACCCUCUAAGUUCUCAAAAGAAAUACUGGACUUUCUCAAGUCCAGAACAGCUAAACGACUUACGAUUGAAAAGAAAUCAAAAGUUCAUUGAAACUCAUGGAUCACAUAUGGAUGAUCAACAACGCAUGGAAUUCUUUUUGGAUGCCAAUGAGGAACAUUUGCUUCUGAAACAAUAUGAAAUCUAUCUGAAUGAUUUUUGUCGACGUUUCGAACCCAUGAUGCCUAAGUGUGUGGUUGGAACGGCCAUACAUUAUUUCAAACGUUUCUUUUUGCACAAUUCACCCAUGGAUUAUCAUCCCAAGGAAAUUUUAGCCACAUGUGUUUACUUGGCCUGCAAAGUGGAGGAAUUCAAUGUUUCCAUUGGCCAGUUUGUUAGCAACAUCAAAGGCGAUCGAAACAAAGCCAUGGAUAUUAUUUUGUCCAAUGAAUUGUUGCUCAUGCAACAUCUCAACUAUUACUUGACAAUACACAAUCCCUAUAGGCCGGUUGAGGGAUUUUUGAUUGAUAUAAAGACCCGCAGUUCCAUGGUGAAUCCAGAACGUUUACGCCCCCACAUUGACAGUUUUAUAGAGAAGACAUUUUUCACAGAUGCCUGCCUUUUGUAUGCCCCAUCACAGAUUGCCUUGGCUGCUGUUUUACAUGCCGCCGGUAGAGAACAGGAAAAUUUGGACAGUUAUGUCACUGACAACCUGUUGAAUGGUGCCAGAGAAAAAUUGCCUGCCCUAAUUGAAGCUAUUCGAAAAAUUCGCAUUAUGGUGAAGCAGUAUGAAGUACCACUCCGAGACCGGGUAAAAUUAAUCGAAAAGAAAUUGGAGAAAUGCCGAAAUCAGGAAAACAAUCCGGAUAGUGAAAUUUACAAAGAACGUAUGCGUAAAAUGUAUUGUGAUGAUGACUUGGAAGUGGCCGAAGACAACUCUUAUUAUAUAGCCGAUUCCAGUGCGGAUAUGUCCGCUUUAAAUAUGAGCCAAUAAGAUAAUUUUGUACUUGUUUUCUAUUGUACGUCUCAUUAUAUUUUAUAUGAAUAAAUGUGUUAUUUUUAAAAUUUAA